CACAGACGGGCCCGCACUCUGCAGCGACCUCCUCCUCCUUCCACCUCCGUCUCAUCCCAAGACCCAGAACCUCCACCUCCCGCUCUGUGGUCCCCUUUGUGUCGUCCCACCACGUCUGCGGAGUGGGUGCCGGCUCCCUCCCCCCGGGGUGGGAGUGAGGAGCUGGGGGAUGGGCUGGACAAACCCCUGGAGAACGAUGCGGAGGGCGUGUGGAGCCCCGACAUCGAGCAGAGCUUCCAGGAGGCCCUGGCCAUCUACCCACCCUGCGGCCGCCGGAAGAUCAUCCUCUCUGACGAGGGCAAGAUGUACGGACGAAAUGAGCUGAUUGCACGGUACAUCAAACUUCGCACGGGGAAGACGCGGACCAGGAAGCAGGUCUCUAGUCACAUCCAGGUAUUAGCCCGACGGAAGGCCAGGGAGAUCCAGGUGAAGCUGAAGGACCAGGCUGCCAAAGACAAGGCCCUGCAGAGUAUGGCCAACAUGUCCUCAGCACAGAUCAUCUCGCCGACAGCCUUCCAGAACAAGAUGGCUCUCCAGGGCCUGUCUAGACCCCCUUACCCCACUGCUGGCGGGUUCUGGCACGGAGCGCUUCCCGGACAGCCAGGAGGCCAUGAAGACAUUAAGCCCUUCUCCCAGCAGAGUUAUGCCAUGCAAGCGUCUGGCCCGGCCCCCAUAACAGGUUAUGAAAGCACAGCAGGACUGCCCAUGUCUCCCGGUGCGCCUACUUGGCAGGGUAGAAGUAUUGCCAGCUCCAAGCUGCGAAUGCUAGAGUUCUCUGCCUUUCUGGAGCAACCUCAGGACCCAGAAACUUUCAACAAACACCUGUUUGUACAUAUUGGCCAGUCCAACCCGAGCUACAGUGACCCCUAUCUGGAGUCGGUGGACAUCAGGCAGAUCUAUGACAAGUUCCCAGAGAAGAAGGGGGGCCUGAAGGAGCUGUUUGACAAAGGGCCACACAAUGCUUUCUUUCUCGUCAAGUUUUGGGCGGACCUCAGUGUAAACCUGCAGGAUGACAGCAGCUUCUUUUACGGCGUGUCCAGCCAGUACGAGAGCUCUGAGAACAUGACUAUCACCUCAUCCACCAAGGUCUGCUCCUUUGGCAAACAGGUGGUAGAAAAAGUGGAGACGGAGUACGCGCGCUUUGAGAACGGCCGCUAUGUGUUUCGAAUCCACCGCUCCCCUUUAUGUGAAUACAUGAUCAACUUCAUCCACAAGCUUAAACACCUGCCGGAGAAGUACAUGAUGAACAGCGUACUGGAAAACUUCACUAUCCUGCAGGUGGUGACUAACCGGGACACACUGGAGACCCUGCUCUGCAUAGCCUACGUCUUCGAGGUGUCCACUAGCGAGCAUGGCGCGCAGCAUCACAUUUACAGGCUAGUCAAAGACUGACACGGUCGCACAGUUGGAACUUGCCAGCUCUAGACCCAUUGUAGCGCAUCGGCGAGCAACAACACUAAACAAUGGACUACUUCCUCUGCAAGCUUAAAGCUGAAACCAUACGAAGUCGCUGAGGAGCCCAGAGAAACACUGGUUGUGUCAGCGUGUGCAGAGAUACUACUACUCCGGGAGAAGAGGUGGAUAUGGGACUGUGGGAGCUGAAACAGACUGUGAGUGGAAUGUAGUGAGAAGAUGAAGGAAGAAAAAAAAAAAAAAGAGGAGGACCAUGUUACACUGUGGUCUCUAAACCAAAGGAGCCAACAAGACGUGCAUGAGAGAGUUGUCAUUGGUGGUGUUUUUUCAUCUCAUUUUUACUAGAGCUUGUUUUUAAUGUAGAUUCUUUUCCACACGUGCAUGUGCAGGGGGAUGUUUGCCACGGAGGAGGAGUUGAGCUGCCUCAGGGUGCCAUCUAGUGACUUAAAUAAAUAUAACAGUGGGGGAAAAAAAAAAAUAAAAGUAGACAGAGAACCCCCCCUCUUUUGCACAUCCAUUAAAUAUCACUGUUUUUGGUGCCGAUGUUUUUGUGUUAUUUGAGUAAUUGUGUACAGUGCCACAUCCAUCUCCUCUUCGAGCGGCGACGAUAAGUGGCUAAGAUGAUUUAAAAGCGCUAUUGUAUUCACUUUGUUUGAUGUUUAAUGUUAAAUGUUUCUUGUAUUGUCUUACUGUUUUUGAUUGAAAGUGAUCUGACUACAACAAAAGGCACAUAAUAACACUGCUAACUUGAACCAGACUUGAUCUGUAAGCUGAGCGGAAAUCGUCUGUAUCUGUAACUUGCCCUGAAGUGUCGGAUGAAAAUACAAGUGUUUCUUACGUAA